UCAUUGUUGAACUUAGAGGGCGCCACGAUUCAGUACACAAAUCCAAAAUGGUGCGUAAACUCAAGUUCCACGAGAAGAAACUUCUUAAAAAGGUUGAUUUUAUAUCGUGGGAAGUAGAUAAUAACUUACACGAAGUAUCGGUGAUGAGAAAAUAUCAUGUACAGAAGAGGGAGGAUUACACAGCUUAUAACAAGCUGUCACGGGAGAUCAGAGAGCUGGCGAGGCGGGUCAGGGAUCGUGAUCAGAAAGAUCCGUUCCGCGUUGAAACGACGGCGCAACUUCUCGACAAGCUGUACACAAUGGGUUUAAUUCCGACGAAGAAAAGCCUGAGCCUCGCAGAUAGGAUCACAGCCUCCACGUUCUGCAGACGGCGUCUACCCGUGGCGAUGGUGAGGAACCACAUGGCAGAGUCGUGCAAGAUGGCAUCACAGUUCGUCGAGCAAGGUCACGUGAGGGUCGGGCCAGAGGUCAUCAUGGAUCCGGCCUUUCUGGUGACGAGGAACUUGGAAGACUUUAUAACGUGGACGGAUACAUCGGCCAUCAAGAAACACGUCAUGGAGUAUAACGACAUCAGAGACGACUACGACAUGAUGUCAUAGCAGACAUGAUGUCAUAGACAUGAUGUCAUAGACAUGAUGUCAUAGACAUGAUGUCAUAGACAUGAUGUCAUAGCAGACAUGUCAUAGCAGACAUGUCAUAGCAGACAUGAUGUCAUAGCAGUAAAACCAGAUGCAACUGUGGAAUAACAAACUACUAAUUAUCUUGCUGUUGGGUACACUCGAGGAGCAGUGCAUUAUAGAGGUUUUGUCCUGUACGAAAAAUAUGUUCAGUCAGUCAGUCAAUUCUCGGUCAGAAUCAGGUCGCAUUGCAACAUGGUUGUACAUGUAAUGAUCAAAUUAAUCUCGUAGCUGGAGCAAUAUGCAGCAGGUAUGCAAGAAAUAGCUACCAGUGUGUCACUAGAGUAACAUACUUUCAUUCAAGUUGUUGUGCUAUUAGUGUGGAACAUUUUGUGGCUUGGACCAAUGGCAAACUUGUAUUACGAGUUGUGCAUAAUUGUCACGAGUUCAUGCAUCACUACUGGGGAGUUUAUUAGUUGUGUUGUUCAGGUUAUCAUGUAUAUAAUGUAUGAAUUUAUUAAAAACAAACCUGUACUUUUAA